AUGGUUGACAAGAACCAAUGGCCUAAAUCUGACCAUGGAUUCUUCAUGUUUCCACCGCUACUAAAAUCCACGGCGGGUAGGCAUAAAACUGAGAGGUAUAAAGGUUGCAGUGAGAAGAAAAGAAAAAACGGCCAACACUUAUGCCCUAUUUGUAAGGACUAUGGGCAUCAUUGGCAUAAAUGCAAGAAGGGUAACCCAGAUGACAUUGCUGCUAUUUUAGCUGUGAGAGGACCACCAAAGAAGAGGGCAAAGACCACCAAAGCAUCAAUUGUGCCUUGCGAGGAUGAUGCUCCAGCAGCCUCUAUGUGCUUUCCGCCAAGCCAAAGCUUGGAACCUACAACUACGAAAAAGAGAAAACAUGAUAACUCAAUUACUGGAGCAUCAAAAAGCCAAAUGUUGGAGAAAACAACUAAGGAAAAAGGGAAAGGGAGUAUAUCUGGAUCCGGAGUAGCAAAAAGAGGACUAAAUAUGUGGACUGUUUGCAUAUAUGUGAACCUGGACCAAGUUUCUAUGAACUUUUAG